AUCUCCGGUUACGCUCCGAGGUUUAUUACACAUCUACUACACCACAGAUUAGAGAGCACUGACAGUCUGACACACUCUGACAUUGACAUUAGAAAAUGUCUUAUUUUGACAGUUCUUUUAGAUUCAGCGAGCGCGAUCUAAGAUCACAAUGGCUAAACCGAAAGGGGAAAGAAAAGGUAAAUCCGCGAUCAAUGAAGUAGUGACUCGCGAAUACACGAUAAAUUUACACAAGCGGCUUCAUGGAGUCGGCUUCAAGAGACGCGCACCCCGUGCUAUUAAAGAAGUUCGCAAGUUUGCGGAAAAACAAAUGGGAACCCCAGACGUCCGUGUUGAUACCAGGCUAAACAAAUACCUAUGGUCAAAGGGAGUCCGAAAUGUUCCCUUCAGAGUACGGGUAAGGCUGUCUCGCAGACGUAAUGAUGAUGAAGACUCCGCACACAAGCUAUUCACGCUCGUCACCUAUGUGCCUGUUGCGUCCAUCAAAGGCUUGCAAACUGAGAAUGUUGAUGCUAGCCAAGAAUAAACAAUUAAGUUAAGCUUA